UCAUAUGAAGUAGUUCCGGUUAAAAUAAGUUAUACCAAAGAUGGACAUUUUUUCGUGAUAAAUAUACUCAGGCAUUAUUUAUACAACAUAUACGUUUAGACGAGAUCAUGCGACCGCCAAUAAAUAGCUGGAUAAUGAUUGUAUUCGGAACUAAUAAGGAUAUGUUGAGGCAAAUCAGCUACCAUAAUAAUAGGAAGUGAGUGAUUCAUGGCAUAAAGCGUUACUCAGAAACUGAAAAAGUAAAUAUUGCGGCUGUAUAGUACAGCGAAAAAUCGCGCCUUCAGCUGCCAGUGUGCACAGCAGGGUGGCCAGGCCAGGUCACAAGUUUCCAAGAACGGCCCCUGAGCAAUCUCACACUCACGACAUGGAGGGCGGUUCCUAAACCCAGGAGACAGAGAGGAUAUUCGGCUCGAAGCGCAGUUUUACCGUGCCAAAGUUCCUGGGAGCUGCCGCGUUCUGAUACACAACAGGUGGGAUGACCAAUCAUACCCCGCACCCAAACGGCAUGCUGAGUCUCCGGAAGGAGCACCUGUACAAGGUGCUGGUCAUCGGAGACCUCGGAGUCGGGAAGACCUCCAUCAUCAGACGCUACGUGCACCAGACCUUCUCCAGUAACUACAGGGCCACGAUCGGAGUGGAUUUCGCCUUAAAAGUCUUGAACUGGGACUCUGAGACUGUCCGGGUUCAACUGUGGGACAUUGCAGGUCAGGAACGAUUUGGGAACAUGACACGGGUGUACUACCGCGAAGCCAUGGGCGCCCUCAUUGUGUUCGACGUGAUGAGGCCCACCACCUUUGAGGCCGUCAUUAAGUGGAAGGAGGAUCUGGAUUCAAAAGUAAUGUUGGCCAAUGGACAGAGCAUUGCAACGGUGCUGCUGGCUAACAAGUGUGACCAGGGGAGGGAACUGAGCAACAAUGGCAUCAAAAUGGAUCAGUUCUGCAGGGAUCAUGGCUUUGUUGGUUGGUUUGAGACCUCAGCAAAGGACAACCUCAACAUCAGUGAUGCGGCAAACUUCCUGGUCAAGCACAUCAUGGCCACAGAGAAUGACAUCCUGAAGUCCGUAGUGCCAGACACCAUCUCCCCACAGAUGGACUCCAGCAGGGAGAUGAGCUGCUCUGGCUGCUUCAAAUGAUGAAAGGAAGGAAGGAAGGGUGAAUGGACAUGUGAGAACAGAGGCAGGACAGGACUAAGAGGGUCAGACAAAUUCCCAAAGGAAAUCCUAUGUAGUAUUCAGGGUGGAACAGUAUGAAGUUGUUGGUCCAUGCAGUCGGACAUUGAUUUGUCACUUUUGUUGUGGUGAUCAAAGCUUACAUGGACACCAAAACUAGCACCUCCCUUUUUUCAGAGUGUCUCUGAAUUGUGGUCAUAAUGUGUUUCUCGAGAUUUGUGGUAACAAUACUGUCUAAAGUAUUUGCAUGAUACAACAGAAAGAAAUGCAAGAACUGGCAUAUUCCUUUUACUAAGAUGAUCUUCUUUCUUCUUACAGCAGUUUACUUUGAAUGGGAAUGGUAGCUUCCUUAAGCUUUCCGAUCAAAGCAAACACAACUUAUUUCAAUUAGGCUGAUCCCACAAAAUGUAGGUGCAGUAAAGUCAAAAUGCACAUCGACUUAUCGAUGGAUUUGCAGGUUUUUUGUGAAACUAAUUCAUUAAUGUUGGUGUUGUAAAAAAGUUCUUCUGGUGACUGUGGGCUUUCUUUACUGGUAUUCCAACAGGGCAAAGAGAGGACUGUGGACCACUGUUAAAGAAGGACACAUUAGGUAACUGUUUGAAAUUACGUACACAUUUUAUUAUGAUUUUAAAUUGUUUACAGAGUACUUUGUGAGUAUUUCCUGGUGCUUGUAGGGUUUGAAAAUACAUUCACCAACUGACUGCAUGAGAAUUAUUUAACUUUGUAUUUUAAAUGAGAACACAGUUUUCUUUAUAGUAACAGUGUGGUUAGACUGUGCCAAUUUUAAAGUGAUGAAACUUACUGGAUUGAAUACAUGGUUUCAGUGACUUUUUGGACAUAAUGAUACCCAUUUCCAUCAGAGCUGAACAAAUGUGUGUGUGUGUCUGUGUGUGUGUGUGUGUGUGUGUGUAUGCGUGCGCGUGUGUGUGACAGUUUUGCAAACCACAUGAAGUUUUAUUGAUCUUAAUGUCGUGAGCUGAACACACUUCAAUUUGUCCACCAAUAUCUCUGUAUCCCAUGGCAACAGGAGUCUUUUUAUGGGGUUUGCUCAACCGUCUAUGUAGAGCUGUUUCUCGCUGUGCCAUGCACAAAACACACACUAAAGAACCCAUAAAGACUCAGCAUGUCCUCUCUCCUACUCAAUGGCUUUGUUGUUGUUUCACAGUUUGGUUUUUUUCAUGUCUUCCUUUAUAAAUUUUUUAAAGGUUAUUUCGGCUUUUCAGAAGACAGCUAGUUAGCUGAAUGAUCUGCACAAAGCCAACAUUUGCCUUUUAGUUCUUACCGAUAAAGGACUAUAAACUCAUGUGAACUCUAGAUCAGUCUCUUGAUUGAUCAAGAGUACAUGCUACUUCUGACCAAAAUAAAAAAUAUCCACUAUUAUCCAGAAUUAUUGGCAUCCCUGGUAAAUAUGUGUAAAAGGCCUAAAAAGAGUAUAAAAAGUAUUGUACUGCAUUAUCAAGAUCACACAAUGCGAUAUUUAGAUACAUCCAAGUGUAUAUUUUGAGUGUAUUUAUUAAAUGUGUCAAAAUACAAAAAAUAAUUGCUUUAAGCAAAGUCACAAGGGCCACAUUAGCCUUCUCAUACAACAUUCAGAAAGAUUAAUUUUGACAAUUGCUCUUUCUACAAUCUCUCUAUAGAUGGUCCAGAUUCCUGGGUCCUGUCUUAUGAAUGCUUCUUUUCACCUCACCCCAGAGAAGAAGGUUGAUUUUUGUGAGGGUUGAACCAUUUCUGUGUUGCUUUGCACAUAUUUUUUGGAUCACUACCCAUUUUUAGUUCACUGGCAGAGGCCACCAGAUUGGUAUUUAAAAUGUUCUGGUAUUUCAGAAGGUGCAUGAUGCCAUAUCUUUGAAAGAGAAACCAGCCCAAAGCAUCACAGAUACUUUGAUGUGCUUAACAGUGCCCACCGGGCAGAAAGCAGUAUAGAUGCUGUCUAAUGGUUGUUAUCGAGACAUGGGGAUUUUAAGAUGCUACUAAUUUUACCAACAUGUUUCUUCUGACUGGAGAUAAUAUUAACAUUUAAGAGUGUCUCAGUCAGAAUCCUAACUUGAAACUGAUUGCAAUCUGUGGAUGGAGCUAAAGAUUAGGUUGAUGGCAAGACUUGGAGCUCAUCACCAAAUAAAUUGGGUAUAAACAUACCAAUGGGAACUUUUUUUUAUUAAAAUGUAUCUAAACUGAUUUUUAUUUUUUUAAAUUGAUACUCCUUUAGAUUGUUUUAUUAUCGAUUGAGAGAUGCGUUCCAAAAAGUUGGUUCAACCAAUAAGUUUGUUUUGAUACAUUGAUCAGAAACAAACUUCUUGGUUGGAUGAAAAUACUUCUAAACCUAAAUUUAUCAUGUGUUUUAACCCAGGCUAUACAAUAUCAAAAACACAUCCGGUAUGCACUAAUGUGCUAUUGAUAAAUGUUUGAAUAAUCAUAUGACUUGUGAACAAACUGUGUAAACAAAAAUGUAAAACGUGUUGUUGUCUUUCUGCUUUGGGUUCAUAGCUAACAGACCCAAGAUAAUACGCAGUCUAUGCAGCUACUGGAAAUAAAAUCAUUAUUUCCAUAUUAACAACAAAGUUUUAUUGAAAAAGUUGAUUCUGGCCACGCCUACUGUUUUCUGCAUUAAAACAAUUCAGUUUCUUAGUGACUUGACCACCUUACCACCUCUUUACCUUAUGAAACUUUUAUGCUUCAUUAUAUAUACUAUACUAUACUAUAUUACAGGCAUAGAGACCCUGAAUUGUCAGUGUGAGACACAACAAUAUAAUUGGGUUAACAUCUUUUUUGAAAAAUUCAGCAUUAGUAUGAGAGCAUGUGGGAUUCAAGGAAUGUGCUUUCCACAGAAAGGUUUCACAGGGUGAAGGUGUGUGACUCGUGAUCUCAUGUGAUAUCAGCAUAGGGUCAUAUUAUAUAAAACACAGGACAUUACUUUGUCAGAAAUACUUUUCUAAUGUGUUUCUUGGUUCAAAGAACAUAUUUUCACAUCUAUAGCUGAUUAUACCACUUUUGAGUUUGUACUUAUUUAUUGUGUGGUUUAGUGAGAUGGCGAAAUAAACCAUUUUCACACAUAA